AUGAGACGCCGAAGUUUCUGCACCGAUCAGGCCGAUCCCGGGUCACCCGACCUGGAGGAGCUUCGUCAGAAGAUCGCCGAGGCCCAGGAGCAGUUGCAAGAGCUCGAUGACAAGCUGAAAGCCAGCAAAGCGGACCUGCAGCAGGCGAUCCGCAGGCACAGCCACGACCUGGACAACGAGAACAAAUAUUCUUACACCAAGUUUGCCCUCAGUCUACUGCACGUUCCGGACAACUUGGAAAGAGCGAUCGACAGCGUCAAGACAGACGAGCUCGACGAGUGCGAGGACUUGAAACGAGAAGUAGAAGGUGUGAAGAAGAUCCGGCACACCGUUGAAGAGGCACUUGCCAAGUUCGGCAUCACCAAGAUGAAGGCAUUGGACGCCGACUUCGACCCCGCGCAUCACGAGGCGAUGUUCGCUAUGGAGAUGCCGGGCAAGGAGCCUAACAAGAUUUUUCACGUCAUGGAGCCUGGGUACAUGAUCCACGACCGCACUCUCCGGGCGGCCAAGGUUGGAGUGACGAAGUGA